UGCCUAACGAGCUAAAUAUCAGGAUCACCAUUCGCGGGCCGGGUGCAUCCUCUCAAAGCUUCUGCCUGCUCGAGAAUGAUCGGACUGCGGGCUGCGCCUGUUCUCUUGCCACACGGCGACAAAUCCGCUGGGAAAUUAUAUAACUCCUGACACAACCAUACCAGCUGAUUUGGGGUGUUUGUGUUAGUAUAAUUUCACAGUUCGCGAAUCGCAAUGCCGAACGAGGACAUUUCCAGUUCCGCGCCAUUGACCUCUUUCAACGGUGUCCUCGACAAAUAUGUUCACAUCUCGCCAUCUAAGAAUGGACGAGCAGAGCAACAGCCUGCUUCGCCCACCAAAAGAUCAUCACCAUUGAAACGAAAACUCGAAGACGCUGGCAGUGAACCCGGGGGCGAUGUCGCAUCGCUGCUCAGUGAACCCUUCUCGCGGCCCCCGAUAUCCCCAACCCGACGAACGACCCGGUCUCAAUCCGCCCAAACCCUCGAGAAACCUUGUCGUCCGUCCCCCACGAAACGCACCCGCAGCUUUAAAUCCGCUCCACCGGCCUCCGACCUAGCCACACCAAGCGGCCCGAUCAGCCUGCUGCACGACACCAUUCCCCAAGGCCUUAUUCUUCUCUUUAUCGGCGUCAAUCCCGGCAUCAUGACAGGCCAAACUGGCUUCGUCUACGCCCACCCGUCCAAUCUAUACUGGAAACUCCUUCAUUGGUCGGGCAUAACGAUGCGUCAACAUCCGCCUAGCGAUACGUAUCGGCUUCCGGAGCUGUACGGCGUGGGUAAUACGAACAUCGUGGCGCGCCCGACGCGCGACGCGAGUAUGUUGUCCAAGGCGGAGAUGGAUGCGGGUGUGCCGGUACUUGAAGAGAAAGUGAGGAGAAAUAGGCCCGAGGCUGUGUGUCUGGUUGGGAAGAGCAUCUGGGAAGCAAUUUGGAGGGUGAGGAAAGGGAAAAAUAUUAAAAAGGAGGAGUUUAGGUAUGGGUGGCAGGAUGAAAGUGAGAAUAUGGGAGUGAUAAAGCCGGGAGAAGGAGACAACGAGGAGUGGAAAGGAGCGAGGGUAUUCGUCGCUACGACGACAAGCGGAUUAGCUGCGACCAUGUCUUUGGCGGAGAAGAAAGCGGUAUGGAAUGAGUUGGGAGCUUGGGUAAAGCAGAAGAGAGAGGAAAGGAAUUUUGUGCCUAACGUUAACUGAUAUAUGUGUGGAAUGUAAUAAACCUAUAUAAACCUAUAUUCUACAUUUCACCAUCGCUACUCUGAUCACCAGACGGGUUAAUUGCAGACUGUC